CGAUGUCAGGCCCCUUUGCCGUACAAGCUGGCACACAGCCAAGUGGCACAUCUGCAGCAGCAGCAGACUGUUGCAUCUUCUUCUUCGGGUCCAGUGGUGAUUGUUGCAUCACCACAACAACCUGUUCAGCCAAUUGGACAGCCGCAAGGUCAAUGGUAUCCCAAGACCCCAAUGAAACCGCCUCUGGCCUUCUCAGGCGAGAGAAAGGACGAGGAACUCAACACUUGGUUGAGGACAGUCCCGGUUUGGGUGAAGGCCAAAAGGACCUUGCCUGAGGACGAAGUGGUAACUACGGCGUCUGACCUUGAGGGUAAGGCAGCCAAGUGGUUAGAUGGUGUAGUUGUGAAGGCCAGGUACGGGAGACGCAUGGCGGAUUGGGCUAAGUCUUUGACUUUAGACCAAUUCAUGGAGAUGGUAGAAGCUCGGUGGCAUAACCCACAGGAGGCUCAAAGGGCCACUGAUGCCAUUAACAAACUGGACCAAAGCAAGUUCAGGUCAGUUAGGGAGCUUACGACUACCAUCGAGAGCCUGAUCCUCGUCCCAGGUAUCAACUACAGCGACCAGCUCCUGUUGCUUACGUUUGUCAGAUGUCUCCCAGAGAACAUGAGGAACUUACUAGCCAGUGAGGCACGCACCGAGUACCACUCGUUUGAGACAUUGUCUAGGAAAGCCUUAGACUUAGAGGCCACRCUAGGCAAUGCUCAACCCACCUCAGGGAAUGACUCAAAGAAGAAGAAGAGUCCUCAGGAGUGGAAGAAGAAGGGGGCGAAGUUGAUGAUGGUUGCGUCUGAUGGGACUCAAACUGAGAUUGAUGAGCUCUCUAACCUGAUGGACUACUCAGAGUAUGACGGCGAGGAGGUAGCUGAGGGUAGCACCCUCACCGCGGUAGUUAAGGCUAAGACGGCAGGCCGAGGGAAGGGCCAACCUAGGGGUCAAGGAAAGGCCGCCUCCAAUCAGACCAAACAAUCUGAGUGGGUAAAGGCAGGUCUUGAUCAAGACGUGUGGCGUGACCGCCGAAUGCGUGGCGCUUUGUUCUAUAACUACUACAAGCAAAACCAAGAGGAAGGUAUGUACCUCGUUUACGUCUCUGAGAAGGGGGAGGCCAUUAAAACACCUCCAGAUAUUGAAAGCGUCGUUGCUAAGUUCCCCGAUCUGUUCGAGGAGCCCUCAGGAGUUGUUGAUACUGAAGUCGUCCACGCUAUAGAAAUCAUUCCAGGGAGUAAGACCCCAAAGGGAAGGAUCUACAGGAUGGCCCCUGCCGAGUUAGAUGAACUUCGGAAGCAACUCAAGGGGCUGACAGAGAAGGGAUGGAUUCGGCCUAGUACUUCCCCUUACGGAUCACAUGUGCUAUUCGUGCCAAAGAAGGGGGGUACUUUGAGGAUGUGCAUUGAUUAUAGGGGCCUCAAUGCCAUCACGGUGAAAAACGCAAAGCCUCUACCUCGCAUAGACGACCUAUUGGAUAGGGUGCAAGGAUGCAAGUACUAUACAAAGAUAGACUUGAAAUCCGGUUAUCACCAGAUCGCAAUAAGACUUGAGGACCAACACAAGACAACUUUUCAGACUAGAUAUGGUCUGUAUGAGUUUGUAGUGAUGCCUUUCGGUCUUUGUAAUGCGCCGGGUACGUUCCAGCACGCCAUGAAUCGGAUCUUCCAUGACCAUUUAGAUAAGUUUGUCGUGGUCUACUUAGACGACAUUCUGAUCUUUAGUAAGUCUGUCGAGGAGCACGCACAGCAUGUUGAGAAAGUUUUCUCACUCCUGCGACAACACAAGUAUAAGGUCAACUUAAAGAAGCACGAGUUUGGCCGCAUUAAGAUACUAUACUUGGGUCAUGAAGUAUCCGCGGAGGGGAUUAGGCCGGAAGAUGCGAAGGUGGCUAGUAUUCGAGAAUGGCCACGACCUCAGACAGUCACUGAGGUCAGAUCAUUCUUAGGAAUGUGCGGCUACUAUAGGAACUUCGUCAAGAACUAUUCUACAGUCGCCUCUCCUUUGACUGAUCUAACUCGACUUGACACAUCGUGGGACUGGAGUGAUGAGUGCGAGGGUGCUUUCAAGAGAUUGAAGCAUGCACUCAUGAAUCAUGGAGUUCUCAUGGUUCCCAAUUCGCAAAAGUCAUUCAUAGUGACCAUUGACGCAAGCCAAUACGGCAUUGGCGCAGUGCUGGCUCAGCAGGAUGGGAAAAAUUGGAGACCGAUUGAGUACAUGAGUAAGAAGAUUCCAUCGAAGAUGUUGGCUAAGUCCACCUACGAAAGGGAACUCUAUGCUCUCUACAAGGCACUUGUCCAUUGGAGACACUUCCUUCUGGGAAGGUUAUUCUAUCUGAGGACUGAUCAUCAGACCCUCAAAUGGAUCAAGACUCAACCGGCUUUUUCUGAUGCACUCAAGCGAUGGAUUGAGUUCAUAGAUCAAUACGACUUCAAGCUUGAGUACCUGAAGGGAGAGUACAACAAGGUUGCAUACGCGCUAUCCCGUAGAGCAGACUACCUAUCUCUGCUGCGCACUGGUGUUGUCAUCCUUGUUGGGCAGCUGGUGCAGUUGCUGAACCUCGGUCUUCAAGGUGUCCAACUGCUUGCUGAUGGUGGCUGGUGCAGCGAAGGUGCUGAUGUCGUCGAGCAUUGCGACUACAUGGUCAACUCGUUCCCCCAAUUGGCGGGUAGAGGGKGCAUUGCUGGACUCGCCAGCAUCUGGUCUUGGUGUCACUUGCUCCAAGUCCUGUACACGGGAAUCAAGUGCCCGUGUAGCAUCCUCGUGCAGAUCCUUGUGGUUCCGCACCGCCCGUCGGAGAUUCGCCAACUCGGACUGCAGGUGGUUACAAGUGUAAACCAACCGGGUCACGAGUUUGGCAAGGAACUCCUUGUGCUGCUCUUCCGGUGUCGCAUCCUCGUGGUGCUCGGAUGGUUCAAAAUGCCAGAACUAGAGCUUUUCGAUGCUGGUGGCUUCAUGCCACUGUAGCAGAUCUUCGGCCUCCUUGCGGCGUGCCUAGGUAUCUACGUCU